GGUCAGCUCCACUAGUCUCACUCCGGUCUCCUCCUGACGGGACUCUACUUAACGACCGCCGGUUAUCGUUAACCGGAUAAUCCCGGUCCACGGAGAGUUUUGGAAAACCGGAACGAGUGAACUCUGUGGCGGAGGAGGUCUGCUUUCCGCUCGCGUUGGCGUGUUCUCCUCAAAGUUCUCCGUGAAUGUAGUGAACAGAAGUAAACAGUAUUAGUGAACUGUUAGCUAGCGCGACAGACGGAGCUCCGUCAAGACACCCUUCUCAAGGAUUGAGACGGAGACUGUAAGCCGCAGUGAUGGAGCUGGAGGACGGCGUGCUGUACCAGGAGGACCCGGGCUCCUCCGCGAUGAUGUCAGAGCGGGUGUCCGGCCUGGCGAGCUCCAUCUACCGUGAGUUCGAGCGCAUGAUCGGCCGGUACGACGAGGAUGUGGUGAAGGAGCUGAUGCCGCUGGUUGUGGCCGUGCUGGAGAACCUGGACUCGGUGUUCGCAGAGAACCAAGAGCACGAGGUGGAGCUGGAGCUGCUGAAGGAGGACAACGAGCAACUGGUGACCCAGUACGAGCGCGAGAAGGCGCUGAGGAAGAACGCAGAGGAGAGAUAUAUCGAGUAUGAAGACUCUCAGGAGCAAGAUAAGAAAGCUCUGCAGACUCGCGUUCAGCUUCUGGAGGCUCAAACCCGACAGAUGGAGUUCAAGACCAAGAACUGCACAGAUCAGAUUGGCCGAUUAGAGGAGCGUGAAGCUGAGCUGAAGAAAGAGUAUAAUGCGCUCCAUCAGAGACACACUGAGAUGAUCCACAGCUACAUGGAGCACCUGGAGAGAUCCAAAUACCAGCAGCAGAUGUCGGAGACCACAGAAACCAGCCAUCAGAGCAGAAUAAGGAAGGAGCGACCCGUCUCUCUGGGUAUUUUCUCAUUGCCGGGCAGUGAUGUGAUGAGUCCCGAUGUGCACAGAGACGAGUCUCCAGGAUCAGACACCUGGAGAUAUAACAAUCUCAGCCAUCCUCGCUCCAACACCAGCCUCAAGCUGGAGGCGGAGGGUAAGAGUCGUCUGGAGAAUCUGGAGUCCAGCUGGAGCGUCUCCAGUCAGGAUGAGCUGUCUGGUUUGGGUGGAGGCGAGUGUAAAUCCAGCACUGAAUCCGCUUCACAUGCAGUGCCGGAGGAGACCGAGGGGUUAAACCCAAAUCUGGACUCCAGCAGCAAUAAACCAGACAGCAGCAAAAACAUCGGCGUCCAGGGAGACGCAGCCUCAGAAACACAGGCCACAGGAGCUGAUCAGGGUGUGAAUGGCGAGCGGUCGGAGGUGCAGGCCAUCAUUGAGUCCACACCUGAGCUGGACAUGGAUCUGAGCGGAUGCAAAGGGUCCAGCACUCCCACUAAAGGCAUCGAGAACAUGGCGUUUGACCGCAACACCGACUCUCUAUUCGAGGAGCUCUCGUCCGCAGGAAAUGACCUCAUCGGGGAUGUAGAUGAAGGAGCCGACCUGCUGGGAAUGGGCCGUGAAGUCGAACACCUCAUCCAUGAAAACACACAGCUGCUGGAGACCAAAAACGCUCUGAACGUGGUGAAAAACGACCUGAUCGCUCGAGUGGACGAGCUGGUGUGCGAGAAAGACGUCCUUCAGGGAGAGAUUGAGGUCCUGAAACAGACGAAAGACAAACUGGAGGAGAGGAACAAAGAGCUGGAGGACGAGCUCAAGAAAGUACGAGCUGAGAUGGAAGAAACCAAGGUGGAGACGAAAGGGGACGAUGAUAGCGACGUGCCGACGGCCCAGCGCAAACGCUUCACUCGUGUGGAGAUGGCCAGAGUCCUGAUGGAGAGAAACCAGUAUAAAGAGAGACUGAUGGAGCUGCAGGAGGCCGUCAGGUGGACGGAGAUGAUACGGGCUUCCAAAGAGAAUCCAGCUCUGAGCGAGAAGAAGAAGUCCAGUAUCUGGCAGUUAAGUUUCAGCAGGCUCUUCAGCUCCUCGUCCGGUGGCGCAGCCAAGAAACCUGAAGCGCCGGUCAACAUGAAGUACAACGCUCCCUCCUCACACGUGGUGCCGUCGGUGAAGAAGCGCAGCAGCACACUCGCUCAGCUGCCCAGCGACAAAUCCAAAGCCUUCGACUUCCUCAAUGAGGAAGCUGAGGUGGAGACUGUAGUGUCCCGUCGAGAGCAGAAAAGAGCUCAGUACAGACAGGUGAAGGCUCACGUGCAGAAAGAGGAUGGCAGAAUGCAGGCGUACGGAUGGAGUUUACCUCCAAAAUACAAGGUGGCCAAUGGUGGACAAGCAGAUAGUAAGAUUAAAAACCUGCCGGUGCCUGUUUACCUGCGGCCGUUGGAUGAGAAAGAUGCUUCCAUGAAGCUGUGGUGCGCUGCAGGAGUCAAUCUCUCCGGUGGGAAAACGCGGGACGGAGGCAGUAUCGUGGGCGCGAGUGUGUUUUAUAAAGACGUGUCUGGAGGAGAGAGAGUUCCCAUCAGCACCGGGAAGAAGAGCGGAUCUCAGAGCAGCCUGGACCGUCUGGAGGAAGAGCUCAAGGAUCAGGAGAAGGAGCUCCGGCAUCAGGAUGAGCUCUCCAGCCUGGUGUGGAUCUGCACCACCACACACUCCUCCUCCAAGGUGCUGGUGAUCGACGCAAACCAGCCCGGAAACAUCCUGGGUUUAUGCAUAUGUGAUUGUGUGUGUGUCCAAAUGUGUGUGCAUGCAUGUGUAAAUUUUCUGUGUGUGUGUGUGUGUUUGUCAGGCGCUUGUGAGACGGAUUACCCAGCCGGAGAGUAUGCGGGGUCAGAGGUGCAGGGCGGCGCUGAGGAACCGUCUUCAGUGCGCUGCUCGGCCGGCAGCUUCUCUGCGGGCUCUGAUGGAGGUCUGGAGGGCAUCAGUGUGGUGGGCUGCUCUGCUGACAUCCCUCACACCGUCUGCACAAACUCCACACACACCCCUGACUCCGACGAGGUUGUGUCUGCGCGGCAGCAGGACUCGAUAAUCACUGCAGCAGAAGAAGCUCUGGAGGCCACAGAGAGCAGCAGCAACACUCCAGCAGACGACUCUCAUCCAGAGAUCUACACUGAACACGUCUUCACCGACCCGCUGGGGGUGCAGAGCAGCAGAGACGCACCGGCCGGCUACACACAGAGGGAGUGUGAUCUGGUGAAGGACGGUGUGAGUUCUCUGCCGCAGGAUCUGAUGAGAGAGGAGGCCUGUAAGAUGAGCAGUGUUCUGCCUACCAUGUGGCUCGGUGCUCAGAACGGCUGUGUGUAUGUUCACUCUUCAGUAGCGCAGUGGAGGAAGUGUCUUCACUCCAUCAAGCUGAAGGAUUCUGUCCUGGGCAUUGUACACGUGAAGGGUCGUGUUCUGGUGGCUCUGGCUGACGGGACGCUCGCCAUCUUCCACAGAGGCGUUGACGGUCAGUGGGAUCUGAGUAACUAUCACUUGCUGGAUCUGGGUCGUCCUCAUCACUCCAUCCGAUGCAUGACUAUGGUGCACGAUAAAGUCUGGUGCGGAUACAGGAACAAGAUCUUCGUGGUGCAUCCCAAAGCCAUGAAGAUCGAGAAGUCAUUUGAUGCUCAUCCGCGUAAGGAGAGUCAGGUCCGACAGCUGGCUUGGGACGGAGACGGGAUCUGGGUGUCCAUCCGUCUGGACUCGACCCUCAGACUCUUCCAUGCACACACACACCAGCAUCUGCAGGACGUGGACAUCGAGCCCUACGUCAGCAAGAUGCUGGGCACUGGUAAACUGGGUUUCUCUUUCGUGAGGAUCACGGCUCUGAUGGUCUCCUGCAGUCGGCUGUGGAUCGGGACUGGAAACGGAGUCAUCAUCUCCAUCCCUCUGACAGACAAGAGUAAAGAUACAGCAGCAUCGUCCAAACAACCCGGCACUGCAAUCCGUGUGUACGGAGACGAGAGCGGCGAUAAAGUCACGACAGGAACGUUUGUGCCUUUCUGCUCCAUGGCUCACGCUCAGCUGUGCUUUCACGGACACCGAGACGCCGUCAAGUUCUUCACCGCAGUGCCAGGUCAGGUGAUUCCGUCUGCAUCAGGAUCAGGAGUGGAGGCGAUUGCUGAUAAAUCCUCAGAGUCUCCGACACCAGAACUGGUCAAAUCUGUGCUGGUGAUGAGCGGAGGAGAGGGAUACAUCGACUUCAGGAUGGGUGAUGAAGGAGGCGACACUGAAAACAUGGACGAUCCCAGUCUGAACCUGCAGCCCUUCCUAGCUAAAGCCGAGCGCUCGCAUCUGAUCGUCUGGCAGGUUCUGGCCAAUCAUGACUGACUGCGUUUCACCUGAAGCAUAGUUUCCCAUCAUGCAUUUCACCCUUUCGACAAAAGAAUGACGUUUGUUUGUGCUUUCGCUAUCUUCUUUGGCAAUACAUAACGCAGAAGGGCGCGUCUGUUUUAGAGUGGAAGCACAAUAAUGCACUACAUCUGAUCUGGAAGAGCUUUUCUGUUUGUUUGUGGGAAUAAAGAGAGAUUUUGUGCUUGUUUUCAAUCCAGAUCCUGUGUGCACAGAUGCAAUAUUUUCAUAUGAAUGUUGCACGCUUACCAAAGCAUAGAGAGAAACUGAUUUAAUACUUUAUCACUCCUCGACUGUGUCCCCGUUUCGCUGGUUCGCCGUCUUUUUUAACACUAGAGUGUUUUGUGUUGUUUUUCUACAGGAGCUGCUCCUUUGCUGUAGUGUGUAGACACAGUGCAGAGGCGGACGCAUAUUUUUAUGACACUUUUGUACUGGUCUUUUAGACUCUAAUCUGUAAUGGCUGCUCAGCUUGCGUUUCCGGCUGCAGAAAACAAAUCAAUCCUGUCGCAAAACUGGCCAUCGCAGUAUUUAUUUCUAUGAAGCAGCCUGAAUGUAACUUUGUACAUUGAAUAUAAAUAUAUAAAAUACAAUUAUGUAUAUGAAACACACAA